AUUGUUAGUUAAAUAAAAGGGAAAACCUAAAGUCAAAACAUAAAAUUCAAAACGGAGUUCAAUUAAACUUGGGGUUGAAUUCUAAAUAUGAUACCGAAUGAAAUCUUUGCCGAAGAUAUGAUGAGUGUUGUGAUCCGAUACGGCAUUUAUAUUGGAGCUGCAUUCCAAUUAAUGUGCUUGCUAGCUUGUAUUACUCUUACGGAUGAACAGAGCGAGUCACAUCCAUAUGAGAAGGCAUACACUGAUAGUGAUGAAUGCAGUUCAGAACAGUCAUCACCAGGCCACAGAGCAACUAUCUCUCGUGCUAGAAGACAUGAUAAGAAGAAGCGUCGUUAAGUUGCAAGCAAGGAUUGAAAUUUCCAACAUGUAUUACAGACAUCAUCCAUUUAACAUGAUGAGCUGUAGUAAAUUUUAGGAAAAUUUGUUUAUUAACAACUUUAAUUAUUUAUUUCAAGUAAAAACACUUUAUAAACACUUUUAAUAAUCUGUUAGUAACUACUACAACUUUGGAAGGCAAAUAACUCAGCAGUUGCUCUUUUCCAACACCAAUAUUUAAAAAUUUAACAAUCAUUAUUUAUCAUGUAGAGAUAAUAUGAAAGGUGAAAAAUCCUAUAAUUAAUAUACUUAUGUUCCAAGUGAUAUUACACUCAUUUCAAUGAAAAAAGUGCAGAGUUCUUGCCUAAAAUCCUUCCACUCAGUAUUUUGUAGUUAAAUAUUAUUUUUAAAUGUAGCAAUUAUAAAACCUAUUAAUUAUGUAUUUGAGUUGCUAUCUAAUACUCUUCUGUAGUUAAGUUUAAUUUUGUCUUAGCUAUAAUAUUAUUAGACAUGACAUUAAGUAUUAUUGCUAUUCUUAAUUAUAAGGACAACCUUUUACUGUCUGUGUAUUGGUAAAAUGUAUUGACUGAUUUGAAUGCAGAUUGUUAUAUCAUUCAGCUGUUUUAGGAUUGUUAACUCUUCUCAGCUGCAUGGCUAGCAGGGAGGAUACACUUGAUUAUAUCCACUGACAAGGGAUAAAAUUUAUUUGUCCACCUGCCAAAGUGUAGUAAAAGGGAAAAGGAGAUAUUAAACCUGCAUAGGUUUAAUUUUGCAUACUUGGAGAGAGGCUGGAGAAGAUAAAUAUUUUGUCCAUUCCAUGUGGAAAUAAUGUAUAUAUACAAAUGAUAUGUAUAUUACUUCUAUUCUAUGUAUAUUAUGUAUGAUCUUGAAUUUUGUACGCUUAGGGCCAGUUUCACCACCUUCUUUUAAAUGUUGAAUAGCUCAUUCACAUAUUUUAUCCUUGUUACCUGAAAUAAAAUUAGAGAGUGACAAAACUUUUGUUUAGGCUGUCCAAAACUUGUCCGAAGGUGGUGAAAUAUGCCCUAAGUAAUUCUAUUAAUGACUAGAUUAAUAUGGUAUUAGGGGCUUUGUUAAGGCCUUUACAGAUAUGUAUUAGGAUGAUGGACUGGAUUAUUGCAUUUCGCAGGAUCAUGAUAAAAACUUAAACAUUAUUAAAGAUUGUCAAUCUACAAUUUUUUCAGGGGUGGUGCAAAAUAUAAAUCAUACCAAUUCAUCUAUGAAAAGUCUUUUAUUUUGAAAAUUAAAUGUAGUUCUGCCAGGAAAACAGAAUCCACUAGCUACUUACGCGAGUAUAUAAUAUAUCACCUUUUAACUGAUCUCAGACUAACUUUUUAAAUAUUAGCAUGAGGGCGAAAACUCUGUAAAAAAUUCGACGCAGUUGACUAGUGUCACGGUAAACACAGCGGCGGGGCUUGGAAAGCGCUAAAUUUUUUCAUAUCGGGUGAAGAAAAUUUUGCUAAUAAAAAUUAAUCGCGUUCUUAUAACGUUGGCUUUGACUGGCCAAUAAUUUGCUAACUGCAUUGGAGAUCCGCCGUGUUGACGGCAGAUCAGAAUACAGUUGUCACCCCUCUUCCCCUGGGUGUCGUACGAGGCGAUUAAGGGAAUGUAACGCAAAACGGGCAGCAGUGUUCUCUGCUCUACGAUCGACAAUCUGUUUUCCCAGCGUGGUGAUUAAGAGCAAACCCUGCCCUUGGGCGAAGCCUUUAGCACAGCAGUGGACCGUUGUAUGCUGGUGGAUUGAUGAUUGGAGAUCAAACUUAUUAACCGGAUUCCUCAUGGGGCCUUGAUCGUUGGCUGAGUCACUUUACCACUAGCGUUUAAUAACGAUUUUUCUGAACUUCUAUGAUCAUUGCACAC